CACUACUUUCUUAUCCAUCUGUCAACUUUUUCUUAACCUAGCAUUUAUGAAUACGAAAGUUUUUGAAGUUAUUAUAUUAUAGUUAUGAACAACAGAAAGUUUAUGUACUGUUUUUACGUUGAUUAAACUCUAAUCAAUGAUUAAACUAUUUUUAGUGAAAUUCGCGUUUGAAAUACAACUUUUUGUGUUAUUUUAAGAGCCCCAAGAGUUCUGAUAUUGUGAGGUCCCUACGUAAAGGUAAAGUUUUAGGUAAAGUGACAUAGUUCAUUGUAUUUAUAAAAGAGCUUUGUUGUGCUAAAAUAUAAAUUAUGGAAUCUGAUGAAGAGGCAAGAGUUCCCAAAUAUGGAUUCAAAGUAUCAUUGGAUUAUCAAUUUCCUGAAAAUUGGACACCCCGUAUUCCACUAAAAAUUAAGCAGUUAAUACAGUUACUGCCUUUAAUGCUAAGGUACCUUUGGUACUAUAUCAUCGCUUGGUGGCACAAAAGGAAACCCACCAUGGAUUACAUCAAACCUGUUCAGGCCCUACGUAUUUAUGGUGUACCACUGGGUGGAAUAGGGUCUGGUACAAUUGGUCGAGGGUUCAAAGGAGAGUUCUGUCGUUAUACAUUACGUCCCGGUAAUACCGAAUAUCAUGUAGUAGAGGCAAAUCAAUUUAUUGUAACCAUAAAAAAUGAAAAGAAGGAAACCAUUUUACAAAGUCUUCUUUCAACAUACAAAAGAAAAACCCUUAAAGCAUGGAAGAAUGUUAUUAAAGGAUCACAAUGUAAAUACACUGGAUUGUACCCUAGAGCAUGGACAGAAUAUGAUCUUUCUGAAUAUGGAAUUAUUCUUAUAUGUCGACAAAUAAGUCCAGUAAUUCCACAUAAUUAUACAGAUAGUUCACUGCCUUGUGGUAUUUUUGUGUGGGAAGUUAAAAAUUUUUCAAAUGAAGAAAGAACCAUUACAAUAGCUUUAACUAUAAAAAACGGUACUGGAGAUAAGCAUUCUGACAAGGCUUAUGCGUGUAGAGCGAAGGGAUUUUCCUACCUGGACAAGGAGGGUAUUGUAAUUCACCAUCAAAUUGAUAAAAUGAACUGUUCCUAUACAUUAGCUACUAAAGCAGAUACCAACAGGGCGAUUAGUAAAUGCAUGUAUUUUGACCCUAACUCUGAUGGAUCAAAAGUAUGGAAGCAACUCCAUGAUAAUGGACGAUUUGAUAAUGUUGUAGAGAAAUCAGCUGAAAGUUACAAAGAAAUGGGUUGCGCAAUUGCUAGUCAAGUUUUAUUAUUUCCAUCUCAACAACAGAAUAUAGAAUUUUGCUUAGUAUGGGAUAUGCCAAACAUUAAUUUCCAUUUAAAUGAAAAAAAAUACUUUAGGUACUAUACUAAAAUAUUUGGGCGAGAAAAUACUUCAUUAAAGAUAAUGGAUUAUGCAUUCAACAAUUACAGAAACUGGGAAAAAGAAAUUUAUAAGUGGCAAGAAUCUGUUUUAAAUGAUGAUGCACUACCCGAUUGGUAUAAAGGUGUAUUAUUUAAUCAGACAUAUUUUAUAUCCGACGGAGGGACGGUAUGGCUUGACAUUGAUGAAGAAAAAAGUAAAACAAUGCCUGCCAGUGAUCCCAGGCAGAAAUAUGGUCAGUUUGCGAUUUUAGAAGGGGCUGAAUACAGAAUGUAUAAUACUUAUGACGUUCAUUUUUACGCUUCAUUUGCUUUUGCAAUGAACUGGCCUCAACUUCAGCGUGUUUUCCAAUACGAAAUAAGGGAUACUAUUUUCAUGGAAAUGAAUAAUAUGGCAUGGAUAUUGUAUGAUGGAAAACGAGCAGAACGUAAAAUUAAAAACACGGUACCUCACGAUAUUGGCGAUCCAUGGGAAGAACCGUUUAUUCGAAUAAACGCUUACAACAUACACGACGUGAGCGAAUGGAGAGACCUCGGUGUAAAAUUCGUUUUAGAGGUCUUUCGAGAUUAUACAUUAUGGAAAAAGAAAGCUCAUUUGGAUACAAGAAAAUAUUUAGAGGAUAUGUACGGUGCAUUGAAAAUAAUAAUGCAGAAAUUCGAAAAAUUCGAUGAAGAUGGUGAUGGUCUAAUAGAAAACUCCGGAACUCCUGACCAAACAUUCGACUCUUGGAUAAUGACUGGUGCAAGUGCCUAUUGCGGUGGAUUAUGGUUAGCUGCGCUGCGUGCAAUGAUAGAAAUAUGCAACGAAUUGGGAAAAGAACAAGCUAAAGAAAAAUAUCAAAACAUUUUGAAAAAGGGUACUGCUUCGUUUGAUAAAAAAUUAUGGAACGGAUCCUUUUACAGUUUUGACGCAGAAAACCCUAAAAUUAUAAUGGCUGACCAGCUUUGUGCUCACUGGUAUUUGAAAGUGAGUGGUAUUGAUGACUAUUCGGUAUUCCCCAAAGACAAAGUAAGAAGUGCAUUUGACGUAAUAUUUAAGCAUAAUGUAAAGCAAUUUUAUAACGGAAAAUUGGGGGCGGUAAACGGUUAUAUUGUUGACGGCGGAGUUGACGAAGGUACAAUUCAAAGUGAAGAGUCCUGGACGGGGGUUACAUAUGGACUUGCAGCUGGCAUGUUGGCAGAAGAAAUGUUAGAAGAGGCUUGGCAGACGGCAGGAGGUAUGAGUGAAACACUUGAAUACCAAAUAGGACUGGCUUUUGAAACACCAGAAGCUCUCUUUGCAGUUAAAGUGUAUCGGUCUGUUUCGUAUAUGCGACCUUUAAGUAUUUGGGCAAUGCAAUUGGCAUGGGAAAAUCGAAAAAAUUAUAAUGUGAAAGUAGCAUAAUUAACGUAGUACCCAUUGAGUAUUUGUAAUUUGCUAAUAAUCUAAAAUUAUACUAGAAAGAAAUAUCAAUAACCAUUUUUAGUAAUUUAUAUCUAAUACUUAUUUGUAUACCUACUGAAAAUUGCGAUCUUUUAAACUUAUAAUUGGGGAAUAAGUAUUUACUUAAUAUUUGUUUAGAAUUACGAUAAUACAUGCUUUGUAUAUGCUAAUGUAGCAUUAUGUAAUACUGAAACUUGUUUGUGUGCUGAGCAGGUUCUUGGCUUUUUUUUAUAAAUAUAA